CUAUGUGUAACAACAACAAUACCUGUGAAGUGGAGAUCCUCCAAGCCGUGGGCUACCUUCCUGUGUUCCUGGUGGGCUUGCUACUCAACAUGGCGGCUCUACGCGUCUUCCUCGCCAAACGAGCCAUGUGGACCGACACACACAUCUACAUGCUGAACCUCGCAGCAGCCAACUGCUCCCUCGUGUUCUUCCUCCCCUUCCGCAUCUACAACGCCUUCCACCGUCUAGACAGAACACACUUCUGCACCUUCCUCAUCUCCACACAUUACAUCAACAUGUACGCCAGCAUCCUCACCGUCACCGCCAUCAGCAUCCACCGCUACCUGGCGGUCAAGUACCCGUUCCACACCAGAACAUGGCGGUCAAAGAAGGUGGCUGCGGUGGUGUGUGGGACCAUAUGGGUCACCGUAGUAACGAUAUGUGCCGUGUUCAGAAAAGACAACGAUCCUGGCAAACUGAUUAGGUGUUAUGAAGUAUCUCAAGAAAGCACCUUGUCAGUUGAGUUCCUUGUGGUUCUAGAGGUGCUGGGGUAUCUUCUGCCAGUUUUGAUUUUAGUGUUCUGUUCCACACAGACCAUAAGGGUUCUAAUGAAGGAUAAGGAGGAGGAGGAGGACACCACUGUGGAGAAGAGGAAUAUCAUUGGCAUAGUAACAGCCAACCUGAUCGUCUUUGUGGUCUGCUACACACCCAUCCAUCUUGGGUUUCUGCUGAGAUUCCUUUCCCAAAAAUAUAAAUGGGAAUCUUUCAAAUUAGUGCGUGAUUUUUGGCUGGUUUGUGAAUGGAUCGCUACCACAAACUGCUUCCUGGAUUCCAUUAGUUAUUACUUUCUGUUGAAACAGUUUUACUUUGAAAACAGCAGAUCAGCAGUGAACACACACGACCGACAAUGAGUCAUCAUACCCCUCCCUUCAUGUUCUAUACCGCCA